AUGGCCACUGUGGCUGGUCUCUACGGCUUCGACGACAACAGGCCCAACUUCCAGCGCAGGAACGUACAGAGGGAUGACACGGUGGAGUGUGGGAUACUCCAAGCAGGCUCCUUUGAUGCCACACUCCAGUCCUAUGAAUCUCAUUCGCUCCUCUCUCCUCUUUGCUCUCUAAAUGCCCUACUAGUCCUUUGUAAGGCCAUGUUAUUCCUGAGGUCAGUCUGUUCUUCAAGUUCGGAAGAGGAUAGACGAAACAAUAAUUUGGAGUGUAGCAAACCCCACCGCGAGAUAGUAUCUCCUAUCGUCUUUUUAAUACUUUAAAAAGCAUUUUUUCGAAAUUAUUUUCUUUUCUUAAAUUGCUAUACUAUAGUUUAAGAAACGGUCAGUUGAUUAGUAUAACUUCCGAUAAAUUUUUACAAAUUUGAGAAAACGCUAAGAACAUAUAAGUUAUUUUUUC